AUCUUAAAACUGAUCUUAGACACAACAUACCUUUGCUUCGUUGUGAACACAUGUCCUUUUUAUCUGCUGUAAAGGAAAGUGUUGUUUCAAAACUCUCCCCUAGAGCUGUCGACAUGAAGUGCUUGAAAGUGGAAGAAUAUAUCAAGCAGACUGCUUCUGUGAAAGAGACGGAUGUUUUACGUCAAGAACUACAGAAGUAUGUGAAGAGUCAACCCGGCCUCCAGGGUCGCACAAUAUGUGACAGGAUCAUCAGAGCCUGCAACAAUCAACUCGGAGUUGGAUCUCCAAUUUCUGACCAUGUCAGUGUGUUGGUCCAGCUGGUGGAGCUUUCUCUUCACGGCUAUGAUGUUUCUGAAGCACUUGUUGCUCAGAGCAGUCCGCUGUACAUGGAGAAGAUCAUUUUCCAUAUUGUCAAAAAGCUAAGCUCCCUUGAAGCUCACAAUCAAUGUAGCCAUGUCGCUGGGUUGCUUUACGGCAGGCUUUCUGUAGCUCAACAGGCUGAGGACUACUUUGCUCUUGUGCGAAGCUGCUUUUCGGUGCUCUGGAAUGGAUUAUCUGCAACCAAAGACAUCAAAAUCCUAAAUUCACAUGACAAACUUCACUGCCAGAUGCAAGCUCUGAGCUUCCUCUUGCUGUUGGACACAGACAGUGCAACCCCAUCUAUCUCCAAAGCCCCCAUAUACACAGAGGACGCCAUCACGGAAUUUGAGAGUAGCUUUGAAACGGUAACCAAGGACAAUGCUUAUUUUCUCCUUCAGAAAAUGCAGACACUUUUCAACAGAUGUUGGACUGGCAGCGAUGGCGCUGGGUCCAAGCAGUUGACUGUGGCAUCAAGUAUAUAUACGCUCUCAGAAAUGGCACUGAUUAUAGUGAAGAUGCUUUGUAAGUUUGCCCACUAUGAUCUGGCCUCCACCUUUUUGAGUGAAAUUGAGAGCAAGCUCAAAGACUUGGCUGACUGUCAGUGUACAGCUGUGGUGCUCGGCAAGUGGGCGGUAAAGAUUCAUUCCACAAUGAAGGCCGGCGUUGAGAGUGGCCCGGCUCUGACGGAGUGUGCGAGGGCCCUGAGGUCUCUAUCAGCUGACCUGGGGGACAGAGAAGCUCACGCAGUCCUAGAAGCAUGUGGACUCGUGUUAUGGGCUGUCGAAAGUGACCACAGCAACGGAUUGAGCGGACCUGUGCUCCUGGCUUUCUUUUCUUUUCUUGAGGAGCACCAAGAACAGAUAAUAAAGGUUCUAAAGAAGAGUUCGACAUGCCAGGCUGAGCUCAGCAGACUGCAGCAGGCUCUCUGCAUCAAUAUCUACCAAGGCUUUGGAUUUGCCUAUGAGAGCAUGGUGGCAUUACAGCUGGAGAACAUUGAAACCUUGGACAGAGUGCUGCUGUACUGCCAGGCCACAGCUGGACAGAUGAUGACUGAACUACGUAAACUGUCCAGUGAAAGUCUUCUCAUCAAAUCAGUGAUUUCUGUGAGCAACUUAGCUUGUGGAUUUUACAACCGGCGUCUCUAUGACCAGGCCUUCUCUCUGGUUGAAAUCCUCUGUCGGGAACUAAGCAAGAAUUGCCCCACCUCGCUCUGUGUCGAUAGGUUGAGCCGCCCGUUCAUGUUGGCUGUGCAGACGUCUCGGCGUGCCGGACAUCUGGAGCGGGCGCUGGACUGGGUCAUCCUGUGGCUGAAGGCUCUGGGGGACAACAUCACUUCUCACAUGGCUGAACCUGUCUCUCUGUGGGUGAAAACAAAGACUGACGCUGCCCGUAACUCUGAGGAGGACAUCCGUCUCAGGACAUUACAUGAUGGAUUUGGACCCGACGUCCCUGAUGAGAGAGUAAUGCUCUGCCUAUUGGAGGAAGAGCUGCGUGCCUAUAAGGAUGUGGCAGGAGACACGUCUCAGGAGCGUUACAACACACUCUGUGAUCUGUUGGACAUCUGCCAUGAGGACAGCUCACACACACAUCUGCGUGCUGUCUAUCUCUCUGAAAUGGCCCAAGUUGUGUGUUACCAGGAUUUCAGUGAACAGACUGACUGCACGGCAGUGGAUUUCACCCAUGAAGCUCUACGGCUACUUGAAGAAGAACCAGAGACUCCAGAGAAUGCAGACAGGCUGAAGGAUGACAAGGCCCAUGCUUUACUCUGGCUCUAUAUCUGCACUCUGGAGAAAAAUCUUCAGGAGGGCAUUGAAAGGGACAAAGAAAAGCGAGAGUCAAGAGAGCAGUCACGAUGUUCAGCCAUUCCCAUAGGAACUAAUGAUUUAGAUUAUGAAGACAAGCAGAAAACACAGGAAAGCAUUCCGGUCUAUGAAGGCCUGCAUUUCAACCUGGCUGCAGAGAACAAGCUGUGCAAACCUCUGGAAAGAGCCCUGGAUGAGUGGUCUGCUCUUCUGCAGAGUAAAGUCCUGCCUUCUGUCAGAAACCCCAAACAGACCUGUGGCUCCCUCGCUGUGACUGCGGCUCUCUUCAGACUCAUGGCAAAGCCUCUGAAGGCUCUGGAAGCUUACCAACUUGCGAUUGGACUUUCACGUGAACUCGCUGACGCCCCUGGAUGUGCCACCUCCCUCUGUCAGUCAGCCAGCAUCCUUCUGGAUAUGGGCUCCCCUGAUCUGGCUUUGGCCCAACUAGAGCAAGCAGAGAAGUUUCUUACCUCUGUGCCCUCCGAUGAUGGACCUUCUUAUCUGUCUAUGACGGCAGUUCUGCUGAAAGCUCAGUACUGCUACAGCACAGGACAGGUGGAUCAGGGGGUAGCAUAUCUGUGUGAGGUGCUGAAAGAAAUGAACACGCAGAGGCAGUCAAAGAGCUUGUACCUGCUGCGGGCUCGCACGCUCCAGACCUGCAGCUCCUAUCUGAGUUUGGACUCAGAUGCACUGCCACAAGCCCAGAGAAACCUUAUCACCCAGCACGGAACAAGAGGCCUGGACACUGCCCUGUAUGAGAGCCUGAAGCUUCUGUGCAGCCUGCUGGUCGCUUUAGUGGGGAAGGGGCUAUACGGGACUAACAACAACAGCAGCAGCUGCUCAGACACACGCUUCAUCGACCAAGGAGAUAACUUGGUGCUGAAAUGGCAGCUGCUCUCAGAGCUGCUGAGUUGCUCUAUGAAGAUGGUGGCUGUGAGGAGCAGCUGUGGAGCCAUCAAUGACGCCAGGCUCCAGUGUCUAGAAGCUUUGAAACUGGCCACCAAGCUGCAAGCACUCAGCCAAUGUGCGGAGCUACUGGUGAUCAAAGCCGAGUUGGAGCUGAUGCUGGGGGAGAAAGAUGAAAGUGGAAUUGAUUUAGACAGAGUCAGAGAUCUUCUGGACCUAUGUACAGAUUUCUCUGAUCACGUGCAGAAGGCAGAAGUGAAAAUCAAACCUAGGAAAGGUCGCCCUGUGAAGAAGUCACAGUUGCCCCUUCCUGCUUUGGAGGAUGAUCUCAAAGGCAUGCUGAGCACCAGGUGGAAUAACAGAGAGCCUAUAGUGAGGGAUCUGAGCAGCUCACCCCCUCUUAAAGUCCAGCCUCGCCGCUGGCUCUCCUCCCUGGCCCAUGAACCGGCCUGCCCCUGCCCCUGCUGCUCUGAGCCCUGUCUGGGCCGCGCCACCGCCCGCUGGGCCGCCACUCAGGCCGACCUCAUCCUCCAGCUCGAUCCCAACGACGCCAAAGUCAGUUUCAAACUUCAAUCGGCAACAUUAACUCGCUGCAAGAGUGUUGCUGCCAAAGUUGGGGCAAAAUUGGCUAAACUCUUUCCUCCCCAUGGACCUUCAAAAAGAUCCUCUAAACCCUCCCUGAUGCAUGACGUGGUGGGCCGCGUCUACCUCCACAUGGCCCUGUCUGCACUGGAGCCAAGGCACAACAAGGUUUGUGGGAUAUGGAAAGUACUGGAAGCUGGUUUGGCAUUUGUUGAUUCCACAACUUCACAUGUGCUCGGACCCGUGAGAGCAGGCCUAAUGGCAACCAAAGCUAUUGUGUCAUUGGUUACCUUGGCUGAGAAAAAGGGCUGCACUCCAGAAGAGUUCUUCUCAAAUGCUUGGACUUGGAACACAUCAAAGGAAGAUCUGAAAUCAGAAGAGAAAGCAGUGCCUCCCUCAUCCUUGCUUAAAAAGCCCAAAGAGUCCAUUAUAAAAAUUCCUGACAAAACAAAGGAGGCCAAGAAGGUGAGGACUGUCCCGCCCAGGAUUCAGGGGGCUGGCUCCUCCACCAAAGGAAAGCGGCUGGUUCACAUGAUGCCAGUAAGGGUGAAGCCUGACCUUGGAGCUUUUGGCUUUAACACAGAGGUACCUACUUUGUUCUGUACUCCUAUUCCAAAGGUAAAAGCCCCUCCCACAGAGCAGAAAGCACAGAGGACUGCUCCUAAGAUACAGUUCAAUGUGUAUGAAGAGUUGUCACCAGAACAGAAAAAAGCCCAACCUGUUCCUGGAGCCCCCAGACGCACAAAUAAACCCUUUUUCAAGCUGGAUUUUAGCGAUGAGAGUGACACGGAAUCCAACACCCAAGCCGAGCCUAAGGGAAAAAAAAAAACAGAUGUCCCUAAAAAGCGAGCCACCACAAGAAGAGCUGCGCAGAACAGUAAAACGACUCCAGACCCCCCUCCUGCAGAGAAGGUCCCAGCCAAGAGGCAGACCAAGGGGAGGAAGACCACCGCACUCCCCCAGUCGUUUUCUUCUGAGGAUGACGAGACUGUGGUCAGUCACACUGCCACAGCAAGAAGAGGAAGAUCCAGAAAGGAGCUUUCCAGGCCAGACCCAGACUCACUGGAGAAGCCCGACAAGAUGCGGACCAUCGAGGAGGAAACCACUGGACUUCUGGACAUCAGCAUGGAGCAGCUCAGGGCAUCCGACACUGAGACUGAGGACAAUCUUAGCAAAGAUAUUGAUUUCGAAGUGCUGCGGAGGGAUACGUAUUGUGCGAGAGACCCCCUGUCUGAACUGAAGAGCAGAGGUCAUCUGAGAGAAGCUCCACUGACCCACCUCUCUCAUUCCGACACCAGGCCAGACGUGCAAUGGAUUGAGUCUGCUGACAUCCUCCCUGCUCAUUUGGGUUGA